CUGCAGUUGACUUCAACCCUGUAGUGGUCGUCCAGUAACUCUGCAUUUCUGAUGCAGUCACGACAGGUAACAUAAAUCCUCUUCAUGAGCGCCCGCAUUUGCGAAGCUCGUCGUGUCCGGUCCAGCCUAAGGUAAGAUGAGGAGCAGAACGUGCCCUUUUCGCCAUGUACUAAUAAUAUUUGCCUGCUCUCGGCUCUUCGGUUUACUCGAGUAUGCAAUGGUCAUGACUUUGCGAGCCGGAAUUCCUGCCCAAAAUGCUACAAACACCGCAUCUAAGUUUAGUGGUUGCAUACGCUACCGACCGCACCGGACGAAUGGAUGGGUGAAAUCCGUUCCGAAAAGGUCUCCUUCCCUUAGGUCGGAUAGUCGAGUCUGACUGGUUGCCUAUAUAUUUGAAUAUUGUUGUAUUACCUAUUGGCGAUAUCUGCUCAGUGUGUGUUUAUAUCGGUGCACCUGAUUUUUGGAGAACUGAGGCGCACCACCCGCACGGCAGGGCCCGAUCC